UUGUCCCGGGAUCACUUUAUCCCAAGAUUAUCUCCUUCCAGGAGAAGCUCAUCCUGGGAUCCCCCACUCCUGCCACCUGCUGCCAAUUCCAGGGUCCCUCCCGCUGCACUUCGGGGUCUCCCUGUGUUCUCUUGCCAUGGCUGAGCCCUCUGGGGCUGGGGACAGCAUCCCAUUGGAAUGUCCUGGCCUGGACACGGCCGCUGGGGAGGAAUUCCUGCAGGAAGUGUUCCAGAUCCUGCUGGAGGAGGGCGUGCGGAAGAGCACAGAUGUGACACAGAAGGUGUGUGAGUGGAAGGAGCCGCAGGAGCUGCAGGACCUGCUGGAUCUGGAGCUGCGGAGCGACGGGGAGGGGCGGGAGCGGCUCCUGCAGCGCUGCCGGGAUGUGCUGCGCUUCAGCGUCCGCACCGGGACCCCUAGAUUCUUCAACCAGCUUUUCUCGGGGCUGGACCACCACGUCCUGGCUGGCCGGUUCCUCACCGAAACCCUCAACACGAGCCCGUGCACAUACGAAGUGGCCCCAGUGCUGGUGCUGAUGGAGGAGCAGGUCCUGGCCAAGCUCCGGGAGCUCGUGGGGUGGAGUCCCCUCAAAGGCUCGGAGCCCCUCUUUGUGUGUGCCACGAGUGGCACCACUGUCCUGGGUGCCUUCGACCCGCUGGACGCCAUCGCCGACGUCUGUGCCCGCCACGGGCUGUGGCUGCAUGUGGACGCAGCAUGGGGGGGCAGCGCCCUCCUGUCCCCACGACUCCGUCAUCUCCUUGCCGGCAUCCACAGAGCUGACUCAGUGACCUGGAACCCCCACAAGCUGUUGAUGGUGGGGUUGCAGUGCUCGGCAUUCCUGCUCCGUGACAGCUCCGGGCUCCUGCAGCGCUGCCAUGGCGUGGGGGCCUCGUACCUGUUCCAGCGGGACAAGUUCUACGACGUGUCCCUGGACACAGGGGACAAGAGCCCCCAGUGUGGCCGCCGGGCCGACGGCCUCAAGCUCUGGAUCCUCUGGAAAGCCGUGGGGACCCGGGGGCUGGCACAGCGUGUGGAGCGGGCGUUCGCUGCCUCUCGGUAUCUGUUGGAGCAGGUGAAAAGGAGGGAGGGAUUCCAGCUGGUGAUGGAGCCGGAAUUUAUCAACCUCUGCUUCUGGUUCAUCCCACCCAGCCUGUGGGGCCAGGAGAACUCCCCGCAAUUCUGGGACAAACUGGGAAUGAUGGCCCCAGCCAUCAAAGAAAAGAUGAUCCGGAGGGGCUCCAUGAUGGUGGGAUACCAACCCCAAGGAUCCCACGUCAACUUCUUCCGGCAGAUUAUCACCAAUCCUGCUGUCACCCGCCAGGACCUGGACUUCUUCCUGGAUGAGAUACAGGAAUUGGGAUGGGAUCUGUGAGCAGUCCCAAAAACCCCAGUGAAAGACCCCAAAACCUUCCCCUCAUCCCUGAGGAAGUGGAGCAGAUCCUUGAUUUCCUCCCCUCAUCCCAAAU